AUGCCACCGGCAAUCAGUGAUGACGAAUCCUCCGACGUGGACGCUCACCUGCCCGUCGCGAGCUGGCGCGAAGACGACGAUGGCGAGGCUCGCCCAGCGCGACGAACGGCGGCUGCGACCAAGCCCACAUCAGUCGAUUUAGACGACGAUGAGGACCAAGAAGACGAAGAAAAAGAACAAAGCGGAGAAGCAAAGACGAGCGACGCCGAGAAUGGCAACGACGAUGAUGAUGAUGACGACGAGGAGGGCGAUGAGGACGUAUUCAUUGUCGAAGCCAUCAAAAAGCACAUGAUUGACGAAGACGGCUCACUGAAGUUUCACGUCAAGUGGGAAGGCUACGACAAGAAGGCGGAUAUGACAUGGGAGCCCGAAGAGAACCUCGAGGAAUCGGCCAACGAGAUUCUAGAGGAGUACUUCAACAAAAUCGGCGGACGCGACAGCAUCUUCAAGGAGACGGCCAAGGCGCUGUCGGGCAAGAAGCGCGGGCGCAAGGGCUCGUCGGCGGUAGCGGGCGGCGUAUCCGCAGACCCGACGCCGACGAAGCGAUCGCGCAAGAGCAACGGGACGCAUCCGAGUCAAUCAACGCCGCCCGCAUCGACAAAGCCGUGGAGCCCGCCCGCCGGUUCGUGGGAGGAGGCGAUUCAGUCGAUUGACGCCUGCCACGACGAGGGUUCGGGGAACCUCAUGGUCUACCUGGUGUGGAAGAAUGGCAAGAAGACGAAGCACACUACCCAGGUAAUUUACGCAAAGUGCCCGCAAAAGAUGCUCCAGUUCUACGAGCAGCACAUUAAGAUUGUCAAGCCCGAGGAGGAGUCUUGA